AGGCCAGUGGGUGCAAUGUGCAAGGGAUGUGGUGGACUCGUACAGCGCUGCACUCCAGUCCGAUAUCACUACACAUCCUCCUCGCUGCCGUCAAACCUGCCAAUCAAUGUCACCAAGACCAUCCGUCAAGAUGAGUGGCACGCUCUGCAUCUGCGCCGGAUGACAGCUGGCUUUAUUGGGAUGGCGGUCUCCAUCAUCCUGUUUGGAUGGCUCAUAGGCGUGUUGGGUUGCUGCAAGGAGCAUGACCUAAUGCAGUAUGUGGCGGGGCUGCUGUUUCUCAUGGGAGGAACCUGCUGUAUCAUCUCCCUCUGCACCUGUGUAGCCGGUAUCAAUUUCGAGCUUUCUCGGUAUCCACGCUCUGUGUACGGUUUACCAGAAGACAUCAGCCACGGGUAUGGCUGGUCAAUGUUCUGUGCCUGGGGCGGGCUAGGACUCACCCUUCUCUCUGGAUUCCUCUGCACUUUGGCUCCAUCGCUUAGUGCUUCCCAGUCUGCCGUCCACAAACCACGGCAGGAGAACGGGGCAGUGUGACCUAUAGAUGGGAGACUGAACAGCCCCUUUGAAAAAGGACAUGCCACCAGACUGAGGCACUUGUAUCCUGCUAAGGAAGUUGUUCUGUUCAACUUGUGUGUCUGACCAUGUGAUUGCUUGUGAAAAAUACAGAGGUGCGAACUUCGUGUUAACUAAAGAGAAUUCUGGGAACAGUGUGGAUGGGGACAGGUUACAUGGCCAGAAGGGAAUAAUGGACUCUUUCUCUACUGGGAAACAAACACCUGAGAGGAAGUUCAACUUUUAGGUGCUGACGUGGGUAAUGUCUCCGAAGUGACAUCAUUAGCAGGAGUCAUCUAACGGUCCCAUGUGGUUCUACAGGAAUCCAAUCCCAGCCUUCUAGAGAAGACACUUUCCUCCUUGUACAGAGACAUUGAUCAGUAUGGUGCAGCUAAAUGACCAUAGCCUAAGGGUUCAGUGUUUGGGAAUUUUGUAUACACACAUAUAUAAUAAUAUAACAACAGGUAACUGAUUUUUACAUGUUUUAAUACAGUCCACAAAACCGCCUUACACAUCCAUAAUUGGCCCCGCAAAACAAAAAAUAGUCCAGAUACAGAUUGCGCCCUGAGUUUAGUGCCUUGGCACAACACCGGGAACAAGGAUACUUUAGAAAACAUGCAGACCUCCUUCCGUGCCUUCUGAGUAGGUCUCCUGAACCUACAGCAAACUCAGGCUCCAUCCGGGAAGCUUUGGGAAUAAGGUAAUAGAAAUAUUAGGAAUCAUGACAAUAACAAAGCAAUUCCGCGAGAACGUCACGAUUGGAGGCUCCGGCAGAUGAGACGGACUGAGAGUCUUGUGUGGGUUGGGAGUUUGUCAGGUUACGGUGGGAGGAGGGAAUAUGUGGUUCUAGACACCUUCUUCAGGUAAUGUAAUAAUGUACAUGUGGUCCCAUCACAAAUUAUAAAAAGCACAUGAUGAUA